AGCCAUAGUGCCAAGUUGAUGUCUCUGGGUGUAGCUGUGGGCGAACUUGGACUAUGGAGAAAUGUCCGAUGGUCAAGUCCGUGAGAUUUACUUGCCUUCGGUGAUGUGAUGAAUAAUAGAUACCAUGGACUUGUUCUCAAAGCCAGUUCUCACGUCGGAGUACGCUUGUACAUCAAAGGAAAGCGCGUGGUGUUGCUGUUUCGAAUUUUGUGGUGGUUUAAUCGUUUUUGUUCUUGAGACGCCUUUGUCGUCAGUUCAAACUCAACAUGUCAAACGCAUCUACAUGAUCGUCGAGCGCCUUCAGCUCUUUCCUCUGCCAUGACAGCUUCAUCAAUAUCUUCACAAGGUCUUAAGACCAAGCAAUCGAGAGUCGUUAGCAACUCAUGCACACGUGACAUCUGACUUGAGCCACAAGUCCACUCUCUAACAGUUGACAGACCGCCCUCGACCGGCAGAUUGUCUCGACAACAAAUAAUUCAGCUCAUAUCACCCGCCACAAUCACCGCUGAUCUUCAUUGACUUGAACCAAUCCGCGCAUGCCAUCUCCCCAGCACUGAAAGCCCAUUCGGG